AUGAGGGUUUCGUUUAGGCGGUUAUUUUAUCUUGUCGCAUUUACAUUCGGAAUAAUAUGGGUCGUUUUUAACUUGUCGUACGAGCAGGAAGUCAGGUAUGUCAUCGUAAUAAAUGUUUUUUUUUGCAUCUUAAUUUCAUGGAAUUAGCAAUUUAAAGUAAAAAUCACGCUUAAGCUUUAUUUACGGUAGCAAAUAUAUUGUUUAGUGUGUCUUCUCUACCCGAACAUCUUCUCUGUGUGCUGAUUCCCUUCCGCAAUGUUGAACAUGAACUGUCAGUGCUAGUUCCCGAGCUGAAUCAAUUUCUUGAUAACCAAGAUGUGAAACACAAGUUUGUUGUCCUCAAUCAGACAGACUCUUAUCGUUUCAACAGAGCUUCACUGAUCAACGUCGGAUGGAUCGAAGGCGAAAAGAUGGGAUGUGACUACAUGGUGAUGCAUGAUGUUGACAUAGUUCCAUUAAACCCAGAACUGAACUACAGGUAUCUUGAGGAGGGAACUGUAAGACACAUUUCGGCUGGAGAUUAUCAUCCAAUCAAGAGAUAUAAUUACAAAAAAUUCAUUGGAGGAGUUCUGAUGUUGAACAUGAGGGACUUUAAGAAGCUGAACGGAAUGUCGAACAAGUACUGGGGGUGGGGAUUGGAGGAUGACGAGUUUUAUCUCCGAAUGAAGUAAGUUUUGAUUCAAAAUUUGUUUUAUAACUUCAAUCAGUGUGUAUAAAUUUCAGCUUGCUUUGCCGUUUUUAUUGUCGGAACAUUUAUAAAAAUGUAAUACUAUACCUAUAAAAAGUUAGUUUUACAAUGUUAAUUACCGUGAUUUUAGGGAACUCAACAUGACGUCCCACAUAGAAAGGCCGCGACAUUUGAAAACAGACAGGAAGAACACGUUCAAACAUGUUCACGGUCCUGAACGGAAACGAGACUACGCCAUGAUAGGGAAUCAGAAAAAGAUGUCACGGAAGAGGGACAGGAUCAGUGGGUUGAACAAUGUACAGUAUAACAUCAUCAAACGGGACACUGUAUACUUUGGAGAAGCCAAAGACAUUCCGGUGUUAUCCAUACAUAUAGAGCUGGUCUGUGAUUUCAGUUGGACGCCUUACUGCUCUUUCAACUAAAUUAUCACACUCAACCACUAUAUUUAUUCAUACUUCUAAGUCUUCAACGUUUACUAUUUAUUUCUACAGUAUUCUUAUUUUGUAAAUGUCAUAAUUUAUACCAGUUUCGUGAUUUUCCUGUUUAUUUCGGUUUAGCUAAUACUUGCGACUACGGGUUCUAAAUGCAUAUUGAGGGGCAUAAUUCGGUAAAUAAAUAUUGAAAACCUAAAUUGUGUGAUUCUCUGAAACGUUUGAACAAACAAGACCUGGUCAAAAGGGUUUGCUUAUUUUCAUAUCGAAGCGUGGAAGUCGAAGAAGCGAGCGGUUUUUUAGCUGCGAGGGCAUGGCACUGGCCCCAUCCGUGGCCCAGUGUCGAGACUCUCGAACUCCGCGCUUUUCGUUUCCUCUGGCCUUCCUCUUGGCGUUUAUUGUGGUGUUAUUAAAACGGUUUGUUUCUAGUGAUGAGCGACGAACGGCCGGACAGCCGCGGCUCCAUGGGCAGCGACGAUCUUUUCGAGGAUUCGCUGCUCCAGGUGAAGAAAUGGUCAGGGAUGGGGUGCGAGUCUCCGUCGCCUCAGGUAAGACACCCGGCUCGGGUUUCUCUUUUCAAUCCCCGAUCAAAGCCGCCUCCGCUGAGGACACGUUCUUCUCGUGUCAUCUUUUUUAUUAUCUCCGUUAAUUCGAUAAUUUGAGUUCUAUAAAUCUAGGCCUUUUUUCUGGACUAUAAGAGGCGAGGCCAGCUGCAGUCAUUUUGCUUUGAUGGCCGCUCUUUGGUUUUAUAUUCCUAGACAAAGGCUUCUUGAGUGUUUUGAUCUUGAGGCCGAUCAUAACUUUAUUCGCCAGAUUUAUUUGAUUUUGAUACCAAGUGGCGGUAUAAAUCUGUUUUUGUUGACUUACCUGGCCGCGCCCCAUGGCUCUUUAAUCCAGAAUAGACGCGCAUUGAAUCAAGCCCAUAAGUCGGCUGGCUUAAUCUUUUCCGUUUCCCCACUUUUGACAAAUUAAUUUGUGGAUAACUGUUUAAUUUAGAGGCGACAACUCAGCUUCAACGAGAUGCCGAUUCAACACGACAAACAUUUGAGGUAUUUUGUGUUAUAAUGACAUGGUUGGCAUUGUUAUUGUUUUUCAUAAGAUUAUGUAUAACGACAACAAACAAGUGUUGUGAUAAAAAUGUACAAACUGUAAAUGCUGAUGUUAUGUUGUUUUAGGAGCAUGAAAGAGCUCCUCACCACCAUGGACAAUCAAGCUGAUCCCAACACUCACAUUGAGUUCAAGGAGAAGACCCACAUCCUGUGUGCCCGCUUCUUGGGUGGAGCCUGGAAGACGGUGUCGUUGGAAAACUUGAAAAUUGUUCGAGUAAAGUAGGCUUUUUGAUAACACGUCAAUCACGCAAAUACUUCGCCAUUCUCAAUGUAGACGUUAUUUGUUAAACACAACUUUUAUACACGUAAAACACUAAUUAACGGUUUCAGAGGUGGCAUGAGCAAUAUGUUGUUCUUGUGUAGACUUAGCGAGAACCAUCCCCCUGUAAGAACCGAACCCGAUAAGGUUCUUCUCCGUGUCUACUUUAAUCCAGAGACAGAAAGUCAUUUGGUGGCCGAAAGUGUGAUAUUCACACUGCUUUCGGAGAGACAUUUGGGACCAAAACUUUAUGGUAUAUUCAGUGGAGGACGGUUGGAAGAGUACAUUCCCGUAAGUAAUGAGAUAAACAUGUUUUCCUCGAGUCGAAAGAUGUCACGCAACUUAAUAAUUACAAAAAAGAAACAGAAACCCAAAGUAAACUACUAUUUCUGAGAGAUUAAUUCUGUGACAACAAUCACAAUUCCAGUCGAGACCACUAACAGUCGACGAGAUCUCGGCCCCAUCAAUAUCAAUGAAGAUAGCCAAAAGAAUCGCACGUGUCCAUCAACUAGAGGUGCCUAUCUGGAAAGAGCCCGACUACAUCUGCGACGCUUUGGAACGAUGGUUCACGCAGCUGAAGAGAGUCACUCAGCCUGGCCAAGUGUUCGAAAUGCCAGAAAAAUACACGGAAUGGUCCCCCAAAUCGCUGACUGUCGAUGAUUUGUGGACCCAAAUAGAAGGGUUACGGUAAGCAAACAAUCAAGUUGAAGUAUUCUCAUAAGUUUGUUUACCGUGAUCUUCUUUUAGACCACUAAGUUUGUGAUCUUUUAGACCGCUGAUUGCCAAGAGUAAGAGCCCCGUAGCGUUCUGUCACAAUGAUCUACAAGAAGGAAAUAUUCUCCUGCCGAAAGCCAGCUCGGGCAACAUCCGAAUGCCAUCAGUGUCGGAAGAUACCAAGCCCACAAACUCACUGACCGCCUUCAAUCCGAUGGAUCCUCGACUGGUCUUGAUCGACUUUGAAUACGCGGCUUACAAUUACAGGCAAGUGUUGUUGUUGUUUUAUGAAACAAAAAUUAAAAAAAAAUAUUUUGAAAUAUUUUGCGGAAAAAACAAUUUUGGAAAGUGACUUUCGGGCGCAGCUCAAAGCCAAACUUGCAGCUUGCUCCAAAAGAUUAUUUUCUUACAAAUAUAUUUUGAAGUUGAAUUUAAGGGUAAAAUACAGCGUAAUGUUUUAUAAUUAAUAUAAAAAUGUAUUUUUUUUUCAGAGGUUUUGACUUUGCUUCGCAUUUUGUUGAAUAUACGAUAAAAUACGACGUAGAGGACUAUCCCAACUACGAGUUCCUACCAGAGAGGUUUCCCACAAAAGAGCACAUGUUUGAGUUUAUGUCGUCGUAUAUCAGAGAGAUUCAGCCAAACGCUACGGAUGCCGUCGUGAAUUCGCAAGCCGAGAACAUGGUAAAGGAAACUAUACCAUUCAUAGCGGUGUCCCACUUGUUCUGGGGCGUCUGGGGUCUUUUGCAAGUAGAGCUGUCACCAGUUGGCUUCGGCUUUGCAGAGUAUGGCAGAGAUCGUCUGGGGCUUUACUACAAGAACAAGGAUCUCUUGAAGAAGUUCGAAGAGUGA